AUGAACUACGAAUGGAUUCUAGAUCGUGGGUUCCUGCCUCAGGCUCUGAUCAGGUUAGGCAUUCGGCAACAGCUUCGAGAGCGGUUGAGAACCAUUGAAAGCAAGUCCCUCACCGAUGCAUUCGAGGCUAAGAUGGUCUAUAUCGAGAGGCUCAGGACUCGACCAAUGGCUAUUGCCACAGACACGGCUAAUAAGCAACACUAUGAAGUUGGCACUGGCGUCCUAGCUGCGUGCCUUGGACCACGAAUGAAAUAUUCAUGCUGCUUGUAUCCGCAAGGGCAUGAGACACUCGCACAAGCUGAGGCGGCAAUGUUGAAGUCAUAUAUUGACAAAGCAGACCUGAGAGACGGCAUGGAUAUUCUUGAUCUUGGAUGUGGUUGGGGCUCAGGAGCAUUAUAUUUUGCUGAGAUGCUGCCAAAAUCGCAUAUUGUCGCAUUUUCGAACUCCAGAACGCAAAAGCAGUACAUUGAAUCCGAGGCGGCACGUCGAAACUUGACCAAUGUCAGAGUGAUUACCGGGGAUGUCGUGGAUUAUGAAUUCGAACCCGAAAGUUUUGAUCGUGUCGUAUCGAUUGAACUUUUUGAGCAUAUGAAAAACUACGAGCUCCUCAUGGCCAAGAUCUCCCGGGCUCUGAGAGUCGGCGGGAAGCUUUUUGUGCACAUAUUCGCGCACUGCACCACACCAUAUGACUUUGAAGACGGGUGGAUGACGACACAUUUUUUUACAGGCGGCACCAUGCCCUCUGUUGACCUGUUGCUUUACUUCCAGAGGGACUUGUCCAUCAAGAAGCAGUGGUGGGUGAAUGGGUCACAUUACUCAAAGACAUGCGAGGACUGGCUAUCAUUGAUGGUCUCCAACAGGAAGCAUAUGUGGCCGCAUCUGGUUGAGACAUACGGAGAACAACACGCGUCCACUUGGUAUAACCGCUGGCAAAUAUUUUACAUGGCUUGCUCGGAAUUGUUUGCUCACGGAGGAGGUGACACCUGGGGAGUCGCGCAGUACUUGUUCGAGAAGCCGUUCGCCGCUUAG